GUCUGCAGGAGGAGCACAUUAUGUUUGGGGGGAUCGGCAUGAGAUGUAGUAUCGUCAGUUUUGCCUCGCAGCAUUCCCUUUCACCACGAGUGGGACUAAAUACAAAAAACGCAUUUAUCUGCCUCAAUGUGUGUGACAGAGGAGUCUGCUCUUGUUCUUUGCCAAACAUAUACCAGAUGACCAGCCUGGUGCCCUCCCUGAUUCAGAGCAAAACCAAGGUCAAUUGUCUGUGUGUGCUUGUGUUCCUGAGCUUCCCCCUCACCAUGGGUGAGGUGCCCGGCCCCUGCAGACAUUCCAUAACCAGGGAGCACCUCAUGACGCUCAGACACCUGAUGGAUAACCAGUUUAGUAGUGGGUGUAUGAUUACCUACACAUUUAUAGAGCGGAAGGAUUUGAGCAAAUGUUGCUUUGUAAAAGCGGCCUUACCGUGGAUCUUGGAGCUGCUUGCGACCCACUUCAAGUACAGCAGGGGCUCGGUUAACGAGGGUUACGUUCAGUCUCUGAGGGCGCUCAUUCUCAACAUCUACUCUCAGAAAUGUGUUCCUCAGAUUAACGAGGAAGUUGAGGACAAACCAGAAAGUUUUGAAGUGUCCUUUCAACAGUCUCCUCUCGAAGCACUUAGGAGGGCCUUGGAGGUGUUGUCUGUCUACUGGGAGCUUAUGACCACCAUGGAGGGGCCUGUAGACUGGCAGUGUGAGAGCGAAUACACUGUGGCCUUUGUGGUCAGCACAGAAGUACCUACCAACCUGCCCACCGUCCACUUUACAACAGACAGGGCUGAGAAGUACUCAAUGAACGCGUCCCCGAGACGUUUGGAAACAGAUUUUUAUAAACUUGGCUUUAUAAUCACUUCCAUCUGCGGAGGAAUUCUGAUUAUAUUCUUCCUCUCCUACAUGUUCUUACAAAAGAUUCGGCGGAGACAUGCAGAUCACAGACCUGGAGCCAUGAUAAUAUUCAGCAGAGAGCUCCAAACCACAGUUCUGGAGGCAUGAUAAUGGAGGAGCUCCCAGAACUUAAAGGCAAUGACAGCACAUGAAUUGAGCAGUGUAUGACGAACACAUGAAGUUGGACAUUCGAUUGAUUAAUCAUCAAGGACACAAGAGUUAACAUAUUUUCAUAUGUAUAAUGUACCAUCUGAACCAUAUGUCAUCAGAGCUUGGCUUUAAGUGGAAGCAAGAGUUUUUAUUUAGAAUAAUGUGCUUUGUAUAUUAAUGUUUAUGCUGUAUCCAUGGCUUAUAUUUUUCUAUUUAGUUGAGAAAACAAAAUAUUUAUUUUUACAAUAGUUAUCUAUGUUGAACAAUGUGUCUAUCAUAUGUAACAUAAACACUUUCUUAUCUAUUGUUAAAGCUGUUUCCCAAAUGUUUCAACCACUAAUUUAUUAUAUGUUAAAAUUGUCUGUAUAAUAAUAAUCUAUUGAUGCAUUAAAAAUCCAUAUUAAAUCACCUCUGCAACGCUUUGAUAACAGUGGAAAUGAAAUGUGACACCCAACAAAAUCCCUUUGAGACAUCCGAUCUAUUAACACUAGUGGAUUGGUUAAGGUUGUGAUCCUUUUAUUGCCUGUUGGUUUAACUUUCCAUUUCAUAAGACUCUCAAAGCUCCAGCCAAACUUCAAAAGAGUGGGCCUUUUUAGGAGGCCUACCCUGCCAAAAAUAAUGUUAACCAAGGCAUCCUCCUCUUAAAAAGAUUCUGAGUAACAAUAAAAACAUUCUGGCUAUAAGGAAAGAAAACAAAACAUAUGAUUCAACUUUGUAUUAAAUGUUUAAUACUUUGGAUUACGUAAACCACGAUCAAAGCCUGGCAACAAUACAUUGUUAUUAUAGGCAGUAAAAAAUAAUGGAAUGUGGCGUUUCUGAUUCUUAAAGGAUAAAGGGGUUUAUAAUGCUGUCUUUCAGACAGGUGAGCAUUAUGUUGCCUAACAACUGUUUUGUUUUCAUAGUGAUAGCAUGACAUGUGGAUCCCAGAGGAUUACAUCCCUGACCUUUUUUGUGGAAAUGGCUGCUACAUGUGAUCAUGUACAUGUGUGGGGCCUAAAGCCUAUAUUGUAUCCCUGUCACAAGACAAAUCCCUCGAAAGUCCAAAAAUAUGUGAGGAGUGGAUUGUAAAAAAAACUUCAAAGAUUACUACUGAUCAUUGUAAAUAAAAGUAUAGUUGAUGUGCAAUUUUUAAAUGUUUACUUUUAAUUUGGUGAUCUAUUUUAAAUUUCUAUUAUUAUUUUCCUGCAGCAGAUUAAAGGCAUCUGUGUAACAGAAAACAACCCACCCUUGUCAUGGCUCCCAACUAUUUGCGAAAAAAAAGAAUUGGAAGUUUCCCAAAAACAGUUAAGACUGUUCUGAAAGAAAGCUAUUCUUUUCUUGUUUUUCUUUCUUGAUUUCUUCUUUCCUUCUAUCUUUCCUUUUUCUUUAAUUCUUGCUCAGUCGCUCUCUCCUCUGUCUCUCUACCUUUCUGACUUGGAGGGAGCUGUGAAACAGCUGUUUUUAAGUUUAGGCUUACCACAACAAAGAGAACAUUUGGCUGUGUCAGAUAUUUAUAUUGAUGGUGUUAUCCAAGGGCUCUACACAUGCUUCAUAUUUGCAUAGACACAUGGUCACUUCAUUUAGUGAGAGAAAAACAUGAACAUUUGCAUAAUAGUUAUUGUCAUAUAUAAUCGUACACCGAUUAAUUUGUUUACUUUUAUGCUACAUUCUUUAAAUGGAAAUACAAUUCACCGUUUUAUUGAAGAUACUUUGUUAAAUUAUGAAAAAGAGCUGUGAGUGAUGUUUAAAACACAGAAAGUAGCCUUCACAACACAUUUCUCUUCCCUUUAAACACGCUAAUGAGAAUCAUCAGUUCAUUCCUUUCCUGCUGUAAGACUGUUUUACUCCACAGGAUGGAAGCAAAGGGACCAAAAUAAUCCUCACCAUGUCAUAAUCAGUUAUGACUAGUGACAUUUUAACUUGGGAAGACAUGAACAUUUGAUAAGGAUUUUGUGAAUAACACACUUAAUUUAACUUAUUUAGUUAUGGCUUUCAUGUGGCAUACAGAAAAACAGAAAAACAAAGUCAGAAAACAUCUAAAAACACAACUGGGAUACAGUUCAAAAUCGAAAUAGACGUAACGUGGUUCUAAAUCAAUUUAUGAUAGAGGCUUUUAUAGAAGGCACGGGUUACCUUGGGACAUAUCCCUAUUGAUAAAUUGAUGAGAUAUGAUAGAAGAUCCUAAACAUUUAUGGAGGCAGCAAGGCGCAAACAGUAGACGGCUUCAGUUGGAAUGUCUCUGGCACUAAUCUUAUUUGCAUCCAAACGCAGCACUCUCAAUUUUGAGAAGUUGGUCAUGUCUACCACACUGCAAAAACUGCUCAAAGAGAAUUCUGAAAGUAAAGAGAAAGGGAAAAAGAGAAACAUGGAAUGGUUUGUCGAUCUGUAAAGGCAUUAUUUUAUAUAUUUAUUUUUUUCAGAAAAAGCUAAAUGUUACUUGCCAUAUAUUAUUAUCAAUGUUAUUAUUAUUAUUAGCAGUAGUAGUAGUAGUAGUAGUAUUAGUAGUAGUAGUAUUAGUAGUAGUAGUAGUUGUAUUAAUGGUUGUAUAUUAUUAUUAGUAGUAGAAUUAUUGGUAUAAUUAUAUUGAGAUGGCAUAUUACUAUGAAUAAUCAAAAAUCUUCAACUGAUGCAUGAACCUACCUUUAAUACGAUUGGCCUCUAGGUAGAGGUACUCCAGGUCCCUGCUCAACAUGGGGAUCCUUUCCAGUUUGUUGUGGGAAAGGUCCAGUUCCACCAGCGUGCUCACAUUAAACACAUUGGAUGGAAUACCCUCAUCUGUUAGCAUGUUACUACUCAACCUUAAGAACUGCAAUUUGGGAUGCAUGCUCAGAAAGUCGGCAGGAACGCUCUCUAUCUUAUUAGAGCCCAGAUAAAGCUGGUGGAGGCUCUCCGGAAGGCUCUUGGGCAUCUUGCGAAGGUUGUUCUUCGUCAUGUCCAGUACGGCCAGAGACUUCAGCCCCUUGAACGCCCCUCCAACGUCCUCGAUGACGUUGGCUUGGAGCUGAAGACUGGCCAGCUCGGUCAUGCCCUCGAAGGACUCCGCCUGGAUCUUGGAGAUCUGGUUGUUGCCAAGGCGGAGCUCCUUGAUGGACUUGGGCAGGUUGGACGGGACACGGCUGAGCUCGUUGUGAUCUAAGUAGAGGCGUUCCAGUUGCCUCAGCUUUCCAAACACGUUCUUCCCGAUCUUGUCGGAGUUGAGGCGGUUCUGAAACAGCACCAGCCAGACCAGGUUGGUGGCGUUGUCGAACACCCCGUCCUGGAUGCCCGUGAUCUGGUUCCUCUGCAGGUAGACGUACUUGAUGUGCGAGGGGACGUAGGGCACGUGGUGCAGGUUGCGGCCGUGGCAGUACAUGGCGGCGGGGUACUUGGCGGGACAGUCGCACUCCAGGGGGCAGUCUUGGUCCUGGCCGUUGGCCCAGAGGGCCUGAGGCCGGCGCCAGCGGCCCCGCAGCUGGGCCAACCACUGCAACUGGUUGACCCCUUGGGCCAAGUUCAGGUCCACCAGACACACCAUGAAGAGGAGCCCCGCAGCCCGCAUGAUCUCGAGGGGUGGAAGGUGUAUUCAGGCGGGGAUGGAGUGGGUGAGGUCCAUGGGAGGUGGUGGGGUGAGGUCAUCGGGGGUGAGGUACGAGGGGAGUGGGCAGUGAGGAGGACAAAGGAAAAUAAAUUGUACCUUCUCAUAAGUAGCUCACAACAGGAAAAAAACAACAAUUUGUGAUCUGUGAUUUGUUAUGGUUUGAUUUCAUAGCUUAGAUUUGGUAAUUUUUGCUACUUUCUCAAUAUAGUUGGAAACUCUGCUAAAAGUAUAUACUUACAGUUGUUUGUUGUUAGUUGUUUGUUCAGCUGUGAUCACGCUUUCUCUCCUCUCUUAGGCUUUGGGUUCCACAACUGACUAAGAUGUAAUGGUGUGUUGCAUUAAAUACCCACCCCCCCUACCGCCUCCACCCAUCAUCACCCUCAUCCCAGCGGCAGUCUAAGUCUGUCCUGUUAAGAGCCGUGCAUUUUCCGCUUGCAUGUAGUGCUUACACUGCACCAUAUUACCUCCAGCCAUGUGCAUAUAUCAAUCCCAUCUGGGGCCUGGUGCAGACAUCUGCUAUUUAACAACCUUGUUUUCUUCUGUCUCUGUUGUGCCUUAUCAUUAACAUGGCCACUCUUGUUGGCUCAAAAUGUGCAGGUUAUCGAGCUAUGCAGAAUUUAUGGAAUUUUUUAAUGGGUUUUUCGUUCGUUCAUUCAAUUGCACUUCAGCCUCAAGUGGUGGCCUCUUUGGAAACUGUGACAGGACUGAAGACUUAAAGUGCAGUCGACUUGUAAUCUUCAUCGUUAUGAUUAUGAUUACAAUGAUUCACCUUCUGAGCUUCAGCAUGUUUUUGUAGAUAAUAUGUUUCUUUGGAAUGAAAACAACUGCUUCUAUCUCUUCCGCUUUUUGACCUUGGGGCAACACUGUUUUGUGCGCUCUUGUGCGGUCAUAUUCUCAGUUACCACCUGAAAGCCAUUGAAUCGUUAUGUCAUUAUCUUCAAUUUGCAGCCCUCCUAGCCGAUUGGAUAUUGGAACUGGCUCCUGGCUACACACAUGGAACCAUUCUUUACAAUGAAUGUACCAAGAAUGCACAUACACUGAGAGAGCAACAUAAUUACAUUACAUGUGCUGACAUAUGGAAUCACAUUUCCAUUUGACUCUAGAAUAUUUUACUUUCUUCUAUAUCACAAAAGUUACCGUAAUGUAAGCAUGAUUCUACAGAUUUUCUUGCCUUUUUAAAAGUAUAUGGAUACAUGUCCAUAUUGAUGUCCAAUAACUCGUCUCUUCCAUUGGCCUUUCUAUGUUUUUCUUAAAACGACUGAGCACCGAAGCCGAAGCCAAUACAAAUUGUCUGUCAUGGCCCCUGUUGUGGUGCUGUGUAUUCUCCCCCUGUGUGGGUCACACCCCUCUCUGUGCUUUGCCUGCCACUCAACUGCUCACACCUGGCCUGCAUCAACUCAUCAACUCCCCUUCAAAUACACCUGGUUUCCCUGCAGUCAUCGCCAGAUCGUACUUCGAGAUACCGUGAUAGUUACUCGUUCCUGGCGCCAGUGUAUACUCUCUGUAGUGUUUUCUCUUGUUGAGUUCUCGUGCCUCACCUUUGUUUUCUCUUGCCUAUAGUUUUUGGAUCAUCACCUCCAGCCUGCAGUCUUCACUCCCUCCAGCCUGAUAUGCCCCACUCUCCAACCUACCUCCUGCCUCACCACUGGUUUUACUCAAUAAGCCUGUUCACCGUCACUCCAACUCCUGUCGUGUCUCUGUGUUCUGCUCUUGGGUCCAGAAGCUAUCGCUCUCAUAACAUUGUAUUGGAUAUUGGUUUCCCGAAAGGAGCUCAAAUCGCUGUAAACAUAAUGAAAUUUAAAUGUACUUUGCAAAAAACUGUUAAUAGUAUUGUCAGAAACAAUACAAAACAGAAAGAAAAGUUAGAGAGAGACAGAUGCAGACAGACAGAAAGAGGGAACAUAAGGUGACUGAAUGGAUAAGGGAGGCAACAAGCUGUAUUUCAGAGGCAUUUUUCAAAUAUUUAUCUUCAAGUGCAAAAGUUUAGUUAUAAAAUUAAGACAACAAAACAAUAUUUGUAUAUUUAAUAUGGGGCUAUUCAACAAUAAUAACAUGCACUAUGUUUUAAGUAAACUGCUUUUUUUUUUUUUAUAAUGACACCUGGACACAAGGCUUAACAUCUGAGACAUCAGACGGCAAAUAUUUUCCAAUGGUGCUAAGGGAAAACCCUUUUACACGCCAACACACGCAUGCUAAUAAUUACAAGAAAAAGUCUAACACAGUUUACAACUCCGGAGAUGUUGCUUCUAUCAACACAUUAUUAAAGUGUUGUUAUUUAAGGAUGGUGGGAGGGUACUUUAUGAGAUCAUAGCACAAUCCUAAUAUUCAGGCCAACAUAAAACAUGUUUUUAUUAAUACGUAUUGGCAAAGAAGAGCUUUUGGAUAAAGAAGAUUGGUUAUUGAGCUGCUCCUCUUCAAAUGAAAAUCCAAUAGGCGUUUACCUGCAUUUAAUGAGCAAAGUCUGCCUAGAAAAAAAGGGUCAGCAAUCGAAAUGGAUAAUAAGAGCUUCGGGACCAAUUCUUCAGACAUUUUAGGAUUAACAUUUUAUGGUUUAGCUUCAGCUGCCAAUGAUAUCAUUAAACAUCUUACUUGUUUAUUCGACUACUUGUUUAUUCGAAUUAUUAUUUGAAUAAAAAACUAUUCUUUAUGCAUACGAUAUCAAUGAUGGAGUCAGACAAACAGCACAUUAUGACAAACAUAUGAUCUCAUUUUCAUGCACUCUUUGCCUCAUUCUCUGAAUGCCAACUUGCAUCUGUCUCAAAUAUAAGCGGUCCAUGACCCAACCCAGACCCUGAUAGGAGCAGUAAAGAACAAACCAGCACACAGGCUACUUCCUGGAAUGUUCCCCAUGGUUUAGAACUCUGUGUGAGACUUGUAGAAUUUAAAUCAUCUUGAUCUGACAAAUUCCAAAACUUUGUAGAUUCUUCCUGGUUGAUGCCUUUAUCUGUGGGCCAGGUCUGCCUUCUUGGCAAGGCCCUUAUCGUUUAUAUAUUGUUCAAUGGUUAUUUGUUACUUAACACAAUUCAUGUAGGCCUGACAUGUUUAACAAUGACUGCAUUGAGCAAUCAGGAGUCGUGAUGCCAUCAAUGUUUCCACCUCAUCUCCAUUGGGACUAUACUCUUGUGAUAAGCUGCGUGGUUGCCAGCAGCUAAUAGAGCUUCAGCUGAACUCAUUCCAAGCUGCCUUCCAUUGGGCUCAUCGCACCAGUCACAGAGUGCUGCUGCGUGGGUGGAGUGAACUCUACCACACACACCCCAGGGGGGGACUCUGGACCCCAGAAAGGGGUUAUUUGUUCCUGUAUUCUGACUGAAACCCGAGACUAAGGGCAUGGAUGGGAGUGAUCUACUGCCCUUUGACAAAAUAUACACAGUAUAUUUUGUCAGAGUAGAAUAAAAUAGGGUUGUUAUCUUCAAGAUUACCCUGGUAAAUUAGGGAAUUAGCAGCAUUCAACAAAUUAUGGAAAAAUACAUUUGUCAUUCAAUUGAAUAUGAAUGGGCAGCCAAACAGGGCAAAUUAGCCUGAAGACAUGCACACACACACACACACACGCACGCACGCGCGCGUACACACACACACACACACACACACACACACACACACACACACACACACACACACACACACACACACACACACACACACACACACACACACACACACACACACACAAACAUACA